UAUCUCUGAAAUGACCAAAUAUCUUACAUAAAAUGAAUUGCGGAUUUCAAAUAGUCAUCAGUUGCUAAGAGCAACGGAAAAUUAUACAAUGGCAAUGUUUAGUGCUGAUAUCAUUUGUUGCAAACCUUUGACAAUUCUUCCACAUACGAACCAUCGAGACAAAACUGUUCAUUUCACAAUUAAUUGUGGGUAAUAUCCAGUGUUAUAGCAAUAAUGAUGUAAUAUUGGUCAAGUAGAUGAACCGUCGGGUAUCAUUUAAUAGCAAACGACUUCUAAGAGUAUUGAUUUAUUUACAGAUAUAUUUGAAAGAUUAUUACUUAAAUCUCAACGUGUUUAAUUCGAAGAUCCACAAUUGUUUUUAGAUAAUCGUAAUGAUUAUAUGACAUAUCGGAGACAAAUACAAAAACACCUGAGCUGGCCUCUGAUUGAUUUUUCUGCCGUAUGACUAUAAUGUCAACUGUCUCAAAAUUGUGUAAUGAAAUAGACAUUUGGGAUAUGGCUGUGGAAAGACAAUGUUGACAUUAAGUUUAAACUUUAAAUGAAAAACAGAGAGGAUUGCAACAAGUAGUAUUAGAUGUUUCUUUUAGUAUUACCUGUAGUAGAUUAAGUGACGGAUAAUCAUAUCGACACUGAUAGAGAGAUGUUGGAUUCUACCUGAUUAAUUCCACUGAAUGGCUUUGGGAAAAUAACAACCGUUUUCUUGGUUUAAUAACAAACGGCUUUCCUGUGCAAUUUUUAAUCUCGUUAUUCCGCUAUUUUAAGCAAAGCAAUGGAAGUUAACAUCGUAGUCUUAAUGUGUUUUUCAUAAAGAAAGGAACCAAGGCUUAGAAAUUACUAUUAAGUGGAAAUUUCAUUUAUUUUUAUACAUGUACUAUCAAAUUGUAGCUUUAUUUUUUAUCAGCGCCUUUUAUUUGUGCCUUACUUAAGCUUUGCGUACAGUUUUAUGAUAUUGUCACUAAAUAUCAUGUAUUGCGUUAUCUUAUUCUAAAUGUUUGUUUGGAAGUUUGCAGUUCAAAAUUAGAUUCCUAUUCAAAAAAGCUUAAUGUCAUAUCACUGGAAUCUAUGGAAGGUUCGUCUUUACAUGUUGACAUAGCCAUAGUAGUGUUUAAAAGACAUGAACUACUUGCACUCAUUUGGACGUGAAAUAAAGAAGAUUAUUGAUAAAUACGUGUUUGAUAUAGAUAACGAGUUUGACGAACUCGAACUUCAAGUCGUCCGAUAUAAACCAGAAGGUUUGGACACCCUAUGCAGGAAUACGAAGUUUUCAAGAAAAGAAUUACAAAUAAUGUACAGAGGUUUUAAACAAGAAUGUCCUACGGGGAUUGUAAGCGAAGAAACGUUCAAAGAAAUUUAUGCUCAGUUCUUUCCACAAGGAGAUUCCAGUUCAUAUGCACACUAUGUUUUUAAUACAUUUGAUCAUGAUCGGAGCGGAACUAUUAGUUUUGAGGAGUUUGUGAUAGGUCUGUCUGUGUUAUCACGAGGUUCAUUACAAGAAAGGCUACAAUGGGCUUUCGGUUUGUAUGACAUAAACGGGGAUGGUCUUAUUACACGAGAAGAAAUGUUAGAUAUAGUUUCUGCUAUUUAUGAUAUGAUGGGGCGUUUUUCUGAACCCUCCGUAGACGAAAACACCACCAAAGAUCAUGUUGAAAAAGUCUUUCAGAAAAUGGACCUAAAUAAAGACGGGGUAAUAUCAUUAGAGGAAUUCAUGGAAACCUGUAGACGCGAUGAAAACAUAAUAAAAGGAAUGGCUAUAUUUGAUACAGUUUUGUAGUACAUUGAAGAAUUCGAUUAUUCCACAGUAAGACUUUCAUUCAUGUGAUCCGCAUUGUGAGGUGUGAACGUGUUAUCACAUUCCAGUUUGUCUGUAUAAUGUGUAUUAAACGUUGGUACACAGAUAUUGUAACGUCAAGCAUGUGAUUGAUACGGACGAAAGACCACAUUUUGUGUUUUUGUAAAUGUGUUCCGAAAUAUCAUUGUAUGAUCGCAUUUAUUUCAAUGAGAGCAAAUCAUAUGAAAUUGAUUUAGAGUCAGACUUACUGGCUAUUUUUCAAUUCCAUGUUCAGAAUCCACUUUCCAAAGAAGUUAUGUAAGAUCAAAAAUUAAAUCAAAGAUCAUUUUAUAUUGAUCGAAUUUGAUAAUUCCUUUCCAUUUUUUCUUAAAAGGAUUGGUUUUUUUAAGAAUAGUCUCUUUUUUAAAUGCAAGUAAAUUUUAGAAUUUAAUCGUGCAACCAUUUUAAGUAAUAUAUCAGUGUAGAGUAUAAUUGAUACAGGUUAUGAUGUAUCAUUUUAUUUAAUUUUGUAUACUUCACUCAACACUUAUGUAUAGUUUGACAUGCACAAACAGUUCUUUUAUUUUGGAUGUGUACUGAAUACUUGACUUGUGUCUAUAAUGGGUUCUCACUAUAAAUUCAAAAUGCAGUCUAGAAUCUUUAUUUGACAGAAGAGUCAAAUUACAAUGUAUUCCCAAUAGAUGAUGAAGCAUUUAUUAAUCUGGAGUCUGUCGUACGUUUGCCCAAUGAAAACCGCAUUGUACUUAGUUUCAUGUCAAUAUUCGCCCUUUUUAUUCCCAAAAAGAAUAGUAUCAGAUUUUAUAAUCAGACAUACGGGGUAAGGUCAGUUUUCCUUUUUUCUUUAGAAAAGAAAAAUGUCCGUUUUUCAGUAGAUUUUGUUGUGUUAUUAAAUUGUGAUAUUCUAUUUAUCAGUGAACACCAUAAGCACAUUGUAUAUGACUUUAUACCUUUGCGUGUAUAAUUUUACAAGAUUAUUAUCUUGUUAAUAAUAAAUCUACUAAAAAGUAAA